AUCAGUUUAACAGUAACCAAAAGCACAAGUAUUAUUCUGGUAAGAAGAAGAUAGAAAAUACUCUACACAGAGCGCCUCUAUUUCUCUCCAUACAAAUUUAUUACUCUUCUCUCCCUUCAUCCCCAUUUCUUCUUUCUUUUACUUUCUCUCUCACACACUCCUCACACACAAACACAAUCCGUGUAUUCAUCUCCUCCCCCCAUUCUUAAUCCCCCAUAUCUUCAUCAUCUACUUCCUACCCAGAUCCCCAAAUUCACUGAUCUACAAAACCCAGAUCUCAAUUUUUUUAAUCAUGUCCAGAUCAGAUCUCGCUCACAAAAUCUUCCCAGAGCCUUGUAAUAUAUUAAGUGAUGAUAUAGACCAUUUUGAUUCAUUGCCUGACUCUAUUUUGCUCCUCAUUUUCAAUCAGAUCGCUGAUGUUAAAGCUCUGGGUAGGUGUUGUCUCGUUUCGAAAAGGUUUCAUUUUCUGGUUCCUCAGGUUGAUAAUAUUCUUGUUCGUGUUGAUUGUGUGAUUUCUGAUGAUGAUUCAUCUGGGGGUUCUUCGUCUUCGAGCUCUGUGUCGAAAUCUCACACACCCUUUUCGUCGUUGUUUCGAUUCGUGUUUGGUGGGAUUGUGAAGCCCUUGCAAUCGCUUACACAGUUUUUGCAGUUUAAGAGAUCGGUUAAUGGGACUGGGUUUGCUGCUUCUUCGUCGUCGUUAUCGGUUAAUGGGGAGGAUUAUGAUGAAUUGGAUCAAGGGGGUGUUACCCAUCAUUCACCUACUCAGGUUUUGAAGAAUUUUAAUGAAAUUAAGAUAUUAAGGAUUGAGCUUCCGAGCGGUGAGCUUGGAGUUGAUGAUGGGGUAUUGUUGAAAUGGAGGGCUGAUUUUGGGUCAACUCUUGAUAAUUGUGUGAUUCUUGGAGCGUCUUCGGUGAUGCCUAGUAAGGGUUUGGAUGGAAAUGGUGUUAAUUUAAUUAAUGAGGAUGAUAAUGGAAGUAUACCUGAAUCGUUUUAUACGAAUGGUGGAUUGAAACUUAGAGUUGUUUGGACAAUCAGUUCGUUGAUUGCUGCUUCUGCUAGGCAUUAUUUGCUUCAACCAAUUAUAUCCGAGCAUAAGACAUUAGAUAGUUUGGUGUUGACCGAUGGUGAUGGACAAGGGGUGUUGUGUAUGAAUAGGGAGCAGUUGGAGGAGUUGCGGGUGAAGCCUUUGUCGGCUUCUAGUGCUUCUAAGAGGACCCUUGUGCCGGCUCUGAAUAUGAGGUUGUGGUAUGCGCCACAUUUGGAGUUGCCGGAUGGGACUGUGUUGAAGGGGGCAACUUUGGUUGCUAUUAGACCAAGUGAACAAUCAGUGGUGAAGAAAGAGGUGGCUGAUGGGUCUUGGGUGUCUUCUGCGUUUGAGGAGCCUUAUGGAACAGCUGCAAAGAUGUUGAUUAAAAGGAGGACUUAUUGCCUUGAGAUGAAUUCUUUUUGAUAGCACUCUGAUGUUUCAGUGAGGGAAAGUAUAUUCUUGAGAUGAUACGAUACAGUACGUGUUUUUGGGCAGGCUGGUAAUAUACACACUUUUGUUCUAUAUCUUGCUAAAUAUUUGAGGGGUGUUCGUCAAUGGCAAAUGCUAGCUUUCUUAUCCUAUCUGGAUGCAGCCAGCCAAAAAUGUACCAAAUCCAUCGCCUAAAAACAUCACACUCGUCUUGGGGGGGUUGGUACAAUUCUGGAUCUUUUGCAGCCCUUGAUAGUGGCACAAGCUUCCGUUUUGUGAUGUUUUACUACUAAUCCAGUAAUCCAUAUAUUCUUCAAGCGUAGUAGAAUUCUUUAAUGGUGCCAUUAUACCAACUCCAUCCUCGACGAAGGCAUUCCACUAUUAACAUACACAAGAUAUUAGCGAGGAUGCAAUAUCAUGAAUGAAUUUUUAUUCUUGAACCUCAUUUCUUCCAUGUUUUAAGAGGGAGGUUGGGGUAUACAUAAUGGCAUAUUGAAUUGCCUUGUAACCCUCUCCGGAGUCGAUACUCUAUAUUCUCAAAGAAGAUAAGCGGUACAUGGGCAAUACCUGCAAUUCGAGUUCGGUGAAAAUGAUGAUCAUGCCUCCGAUAGAUACGUCUAUAGGGUGUCCAACCAAUGCUUCUCAUAUCAAAAUUAUCGAACAUACCUCUAUAUACUUUUAUAAGCUAUAUUAUAAAGCGUGCAAAUUUUUUAA